CUGCGCUCUGACGUGGGGGGAGGGUCUUGGUUCUAAGGGUUGUCUGGGAUGAGAAAUACUUUUAUGAUUUUUUUUUUACUUUAAUUCUAACCCUAACCCUAACCCCAUGAGUACUUCAGUGUACCUUAUUCUCAAGCACCCAUGUAAAUGAUGAGUAGUGAAAGAAACAUUAAGAUGCAGCAAUCGCUUGCCAGCUAGACUUUUACAUUCCGUUUGAGAUCGAGCAGGGUUUUGUCCGUUUCCAUGCCGAUAUUUAAAAUCAGCAAUUUUUAAUGCAUGCAUGAUUUAACCCUCUUUUAUCCUACAAAAGAGUAGAGGCAGUGGUUUUUGCUCUUAGUAGGCAUGACUCAGCAGGCUAAUACAGAGGGAAGAGAUUUCAUUGAUGUCUACCCCCUCAAUAUAAGGAGGACAGACUAGGUCCUUAAUGACCACAGUAUUUUUCAGAAAGCCCAGGAAGUUAUAGAAUCAUUUUGCAAAAUCUUGUGAAAACCAAACAAGGAAACAUGCGUGUGGAAAAGUCUUGAAAUUUCAAACCAGGAAGGACAAGUUCAAAAACUAAAAAAGCGAAGUGGGUGAAUUUGCUUCAUGAGAUUGAGACCCUAUAGUAAAUGUUUCCUGAGCAGUUGAAGAAGGUGAUUCAAGACAUCUUCUACCAGCUUUCCAACACUCAGCAAGACAGCAUUUCUGACAAGGAAGAAAGAUUGGCGAAUCUCUCCCGACAGCUGCAGUCUCUCCAGACAAAGAACAGGAAGCUUGCAGAAAUUCUGCAGCGCGUGGCUGAAAAACUGUGUCGUGAGCUCUAUAACAAAACUGGAGAACACAGAUGCAGCCCUUGUCCAGAAAAAUGGAAAUGGCAUGGGGACAAAUGCUACCGAUUCUGUAGAGACAGCAAGAGUUGGCAAGGCUGUGAAUAUUUCUGCAUUGCAGAGAACGCCACCAUGCUGAAGAUAAACACGCAGGAAGUGCUGGAGUUUGCCAUGCCUCAGAGCUACUCUGAGUUUUUCUACUCUUAUUGGACAGGGCUAUCCCGCAAUGGCAGCAGACAGGCGUGGCUAUGGACCGAUGGAACCCCGUAUUCCUCUGAACUGUUUGAGAUUAGAAUAGAUUUCACCAGCCUAAGAAGCAGGGACUGUGUGACCAUCCUCAAUGGGAAGGCUUUCUCAAAGGACUGCAAAGAGUUGAGGCGGUGUGCGUGUGAAAGAAGGGCUGCAGCAGUGAAGCCUGAGAGCCUCCAUUAGCCUCUCUGAGCCAUUACGUGGCGGUGAUUGACUCUUCCGCCAUAAAGGUGAUGUCAAGCUCCCUUCAGGGAAAUUGAAGAUCAGAACAAAAGUCAAUUUCUUUAUGGGCACCUGUAAUAAUUUGGUUUCAGUUCCUUUUUUUCUCCUAUUGGAGCCGUGUUUGUACAACAAAGCAGCAAAAUGAUUUGAGCCAAGCAAGGUCAUUGCAAAGGAUAUUCGAGACGUUGGGAAAUGGGAAAAAAGGAGGAAAGGCAGUUUCUCUGACAGGUACAAGAAGCACUUGCCUGUUUCCUGCUCAAGAUCGCCAGCAUUUCUGAGCUUGGGUUCAUGCAAAUGUUUAUGAGUCACAAAGAAGUCCUAUCUGCAUACCACCCACCGGUCGCAGACUUUCGUAAAGUUGUAAUCUACCUUCUUGACCUAGAGAUGCUUUCCAGCGUUCUUCCUUCUCAUCAUCUAAUAUCAUCUGCCUUUUUCCAUGUCUUCCUUAAUAUUUGGAGAAGUGAGAAACUUACAGAAGUAGAGGAAAUAAAGGUGUGUAACAUUCUUUACUCCAAAGGUCAAGUAGACCAUGAGAAAUUAGCAGUCAUUUUCUAUACAACGUUCUUAAAUACAGAACUAAUUCUUUCUGUUUCUGUUUGCUUCAGUCCGUACUUUUCCCUUCCUACUCUCUCAAUAAAGCCCCCAUCUGCCAUGUCUAGGGCUUGCUUCCCACUGGGAUAACUCUCUUUAUUAGAAUCUUAACUUCUUAUGAACAUACCUCCCCCUGUUCACUUAAGACUCCAACAAUUAUCUCCUUUCCUGAGGAAUUUCUUCCAAGAAAGAAAUAUUCUCAGCUCAGUUUUGUAUCCCAGUUACUGCCCCGAUCCUCCCUUCAGAGAGAUUGAAGACCAGAACAAAUGUCAGUCUCUUUAUGUGAAUCUAAUCAUGUGAGUCUUUAGUCAGUUCCGAUUUUCUUCCAUUUGAUCCAUGCUUAUGCCUUUCAGGUACUGAAGAUUUAAUAAUAAUAAAUGUAAAUAAUGUGAAAUGUAUGUGAUUUGAGAAUAGAUUUGUGAUUUGGGAAAUUUUCAGCGUGGAGAUGUUCUUCAAACUAUGAUAGCAACCUGUGUUUUGGUUGUUUGUGCCUUACAGAGAGUUUGUAGGGACUGUACAAGAGUACUGAUUAUUUGAUCACUGGAAGAAGAUAAGUCCUUGAGAGGCACACUGAUUUCAAGAAGGUGAUUUUAGCACUUUCCCGAGAUGAAAUCUUUUGAGGCAAGCUGGUCAUCAACACAUGACUAAAGAUAAGUCAGGGAAAUUUUAAUAGGUUGAGUUAUCCAAUCAGGUCCUGGAAAGGGGAAGAGAGACUGUGACAUUUGCACACAUCACUGGUUUGUUUUGUAAGCAUUCCUUUCUCAGGAAGCCAAUAUGCACAAUCAUAACAGGGGUCAUGGUAAAUAACACCAUCACAACCACUGACUGUUGGUGUAUGGAAAAAUCAAUUUUAAGGGUUUAAUGCUAGAAAGGAUCAUCUAUUAUAAAUCUUUAUUUGUCAGCAGUGGAAACUGGGGUGUUUUAGUUUUAUUUUCAGUAAGCAUCUAUCUAUCUCAUGGUAAAAUGAUAUUAAGUUAGCAAUCAUGAUAAAGAGAAUAUUUCUGUAUUCAUUUUCACAAGACUGCAUUACUUAGCAAUCACUACUUGUGGAUUUCUUACUUAUGAGUUAAUUUUCUUUUCAAUUUUCUGUCGAUUCGUCAGGAAAUGUCUUCAGCGUUGAACAAAUUUUGUCUUGAUUUAUUGUGUUGUGCAAAAAUAAAUGCACUUGGGGCCAUAAAAUGAGA